CGUAAACAAAAGCGACCGAAGGGAUAAUAACACAAUGACAGCUGAAGCCAAAGGACAAUAAUAACCCACUUCGAGACCCUCCGUGACAAUUACUCAUCUUCGUCAUGAACUAAAAGGGAAUUACGUCCUGAAUGUGAGAUUAUUCAUUGUGAAAUAAGGUAGAAGGUAUUCAUCUCACACACGUGAUCACGGGAUCGUUCCGAGAGGAAGGGAGGAGAGAGAAAAAAAGAAAUAAAUUCGGGGGUGAGUCAGUCAGGCCCAGUCGGAAGCGGCAGCAGAUCCCCGGGAAGAGAAAGAGAUCGUUUAUAUAUUUUUUAAGAAUUUUACUUCCGAUACUGUAAAAUAGUGUCUUAAAGGCACUUCACAUUCCAGUUGGAAAUAUUUCUUCUUUGCUGUACAUGUGUUUAUCAUGCCAAAUGAAAGAACGCCAUUGUUAUCACGGCAUCCAUCAGCGAUGGAUGCCGGGGAAGCGCGAAAGCAAGUCAUCGCGACGAUUGUCAUAUUGAUUGUUCUUACUCUAGAAAGGCUUGCGUAUUAUGCCCUAGCGACAAACUUCUUUUUGUUUUUGAAUAAAGGCCCAUGGAUGGACCGCUCGCUUGGGAUUGCCUUAGAUGCUAUGAACGCUGUAUUCGUUGGCUGCGUUUCGUACAUGUCUGCCUUGCUUGGAGGAUACAUAUCUGAUGCAUGGCUUGGGCGCUUCAAGACAAUGGUAUGUGGGUUUUUACUCUACAUCAGUGGCUAUAUCUUACUAACUCUCAUGGCUGUGGACCGGCUUCCUCGUAUAAUAUGCGGAGAGAGAACUUUUCUGAGUGAAUCUCACAACUCAACGCCAAAUGCACCUUGCAAAACUGCGGUGUAUAUAUCUGUAACGAUAGUUGGCUUAGGAGUUGGCAUCGUUAAAAGCAACAUUGCUCCUUUUGGGGCUGAGCAGCUCAAAACUGCUGAUCCCCAAAAGACCCGCUCGUUCUUCUCGUGGUUCUACUGGUGCAUAAACCUUGGGAGUCUUGUGGGUGUUGGCAUCAUUACUUACAUUGAACAAGACAGUCCCGGAGUCUGUGUAAACGGCUUCUUCUGCGGUUAUCUUAUUGCGUCAGUCUGUCUAGUGCUAGCAAUGAUACUUUUCAUUGCUGUAAUGCCCUGCUAUCAUAUAGUACCGCCUGAAGGAAGUGUCAUUGGAAACAUUUUGAAGAUCAUAUGGGAGGCCUUGGGUGCUCAAGUCAGACACUGGCGACAUGGACGCAGGAAUGUGAAUGCUAAUCCCCUACACAUAGAACCAAGAUUUCUGGAUAGAGCUAAGAUCAGGUUUGGUGGAUCUUUCCAUGAAUUGGCCGUGGAUGAUGUGAGGAGCCUGGGAAAGUUACUAACAGUGUUCACUGCUCUGUUGCCCUAUUGGCUUGUAUAUUUUCAGAUGGAAACCAGUUUUCAAGCACAGGGGUUACACAUGCGAUUUGACCUCUUUGGUACCAAUGAAACAUGUAACAUUGCAAGAUUGAAGUUUAGUGUACCAGCUGCUUGGCUGACUUUAUUCAAUCAGCUAUUCUUAAUUGGAGCUAUCCCAGUAGUAAGCAGCUUCUUGUAUCCUCGGCUGGAUAGAGCUGGUAUACGUGUUUCUGUCUUAUUCAGAAUAGGUAUUGGAAUGCUUUUCAGCAUUCUGGCUGUGAUGACCGCAGGUGGCCUUGAGUCCUAUAGAAUAUACUUAUGGAAACAUGACAAUUCUUCUCACAUUGAGCAGAUCAUUGGAAAUGUCACCUACCAUGCAGUCAAUAUAUCCAUUUUUUGGCAAAUUCCCCAAUAUAUAUUAGUUGGGGCUGCAGAGCUUUUUGCUAGCAUUGCAGGUAUUGGAAUUGCUUACUCAGCAGCACCUCGAAAUUUCCAAGGAAUGAUCAUGGGCAUCUUUUACACGAUGGAGGGCGUGGGCUCUCUCUUGGGCACAGCACUCCUUCAUUUGGUCGCUCCUUUCUGGCUGAACAACAUGACAGAUUACGGAAACAUCAACGACAAUCAUUUGGAUUUCUACCUUUACUUCCUGGGCGUGUUACAGAUCACCACCUUCGUGAUUUACUGUGGAGCUCUGUACAUGCAGAAGUUCUCCCUGCGGCCAAUUGUGAUGCCGCCUCCCAGAAGGGGCAGGAGCGUGAGGAACCGCAGCAUGUCCUGUGGGAGAGAGAUUGAUACCCACAGUUUGAUAGAGGAGGAAGAUGAGGACGAGAUUGAUGAUGAUGAUGACGAUGAAGAUAACGAGGAGGUGGAGGGUGAGGUGUCGGUUAACAGUGCUUUAAAAAGGAAUGAUACUCAGCAGUUAUUGUGAGAAGUUGUGAUACUGUAAACUAAGGAAUUUAUACUUUUUUUAUUAGUGAUUAUAAAUAGUAUACAAUAUAUAUAUAUAUUUUGUAUAUAGUGUCUAGUGUAGAGAUCUAAGAAAAAUGAAGUGAUGCUUCUGUAAUUUGAAAUUACUCAUAAUAUUGUUGCGUAAUACCUAACAGAAGUGGAAUUAUUAAUCGUAUUAGGUGGAAGGCUUCUGCAACAUAAGUGCCAUUCUGUCAUAUUUGCAUUUGUGUCCUCCAUAGAAUUAUUUUUUAAUUUUAAACUUUCUAACAGUUAUUGUCUUUGUUAUUGUGAAGGAGAUAUUUGGAAAUUUGAUCUUUUAGGGUACAGUAUCAGGCUGUGUAUUUGCUUGAGUGUCAUUAAAUUGGAGUUAGUUUUCAUGUUACUUGAAUACUAAUGGUGGCUUAUUAAAAACAUGAAAUGUUUAGUUUUUUGGCAAUUCAAGCAGAAGACAUAGUACGUAGAUUGUCUAGAACGUGAGAGUAAAAAUGUCUGCAGUGGUGUUUGUUUUCAUAGUUAAUUAUGGCCAGUAUAUAUUGUACAUGAAUUCAUUGAGAAGUAUGAUUGUAAUAUGUAUGUGCAUAAAUUUUGUGAGACUACAAUUUAAAGUACUUACUGUUUACUGGGGUGAGAUUGUAUUCCUUUUCAAAAAUGUAUUGUGUCGCAACCUAGAGGUCAGGCUGAAUUAGCAUAGAAUGAUUGGUUGGUAAAUGGAAGCCUCAAGUUAAUUCCAGUGAUGAGUAGAAAAACUUUCUGAGAUUAAGUUGAAAUUACAAUUUUAUGAAACACUACAGUAAUGCAAAAGUCAUAUUCUAAAUUUAUUUAGUCAGUUGAAUGAAUCUGUAUACUGUAAUCCACACCUUUUGAAACUUACAAUUGGCAGCAGAGAUAAAUAUGUGAGUAUUAUCAGUCAGAAGUGCUUAAUUUGGUUGUCAUUGUCACAUAAAGUCAUUCCAUAUUUAUGUAAACAGAAGAUAGUUUUUAUAAUAUGAAAAAGAAUUUUCCAUCACAAAAUGGGACUUGGAAUGAUAAUAAGGACAAAAACCUGAAUAUGACUGAAUGGUAUGAAGUGUUGUGUAGUCUCUUUUUUAGAAUCUCAAAUUGCUGUCUAGCUCAGACCACAAUUCACGUUCAGAAUUUUUUUGUAAUUUAUUUACUCACUGAUAUUUGUUUUUAUAGAAACAGACUUUUCUUAGUUGUCCAUAUUUCAAAUAGUACCAGAUACUAUUGCCAACAGUAGCAUCAAGAAUUUGUUUUAAACUGAUUUUCACUUACAGUAGAAGCAGCAUCAUUUUUGUUCCAAUAUUUAUAGAUGGGCAAUUUCCAAAUGUCUUAGUGCAUCAUGGUGAAUAAACUGACAAAUCCCACUCACAUAAAAGACUUGUAGUUGCAUUAGGAUGAAGCUAUUUUAGACAGAAACCAUAUAUAUACGAGAGAAGCCAUUUCAAACAGGAACAUGUUUUUAUCUCAGCAUUAUACUUAUUCUGUUUAUUAAAAACUUUCCAAGUGUA